AUGACGUUACCUUCUAUUGAUAUUCCUUUAGUUUAUUUUCCGUAUCUCAAAAAUGAUUCAUUAAUAUGGAACACUUGCUUACUUUUUCUCUUUAAAAUUUUUCUCAUUUUAUUAAUUAUUUGGCUAAAUCUUUGUGGUAUCAAUUUAGCUAGUUUUGAUUAGAAAUACAUUAAGUUCCUUAUUUUACAUAGUAAUCCCAAUAUUUAAAAGAAAUUUACAAGAUUGUAAUAGGUUUUUCAAAAGUAACUAUAACUAAAAAUAAUUUUUUAUACAAAAUUUUUUAUUAAUCUCAGUUUAAUACUAAUACAAAAUCAGUUGCAUCCAUCUAAUAAUUAAUUAACACAUCUUAAAAUCAUUUUUAUUAGACCUUCAGCAUGGCAAAUGAAUUUCUCGAACUUCUUAAGUUGGCUUCACCAACAAUUACCCUCUAACUUUUAAUAAAAAGGCAUUCAAGUUUUGUGA